UACAGGAGGACCAACAGAAGUGUGCUUAUGAAACCAAAGCAAAGCGGUAGCUCCGUUAACCAAAAUUAUCAGAGGAGAACUUGAACAACCUCGAAUGGGUUUGGACAAGUUCUGCAGUGCGGACGGUUCCGACCCGUUUUGGGAUUGGAACCGUACGUGGCACGCGGGGAACCCAGACCUGACCCACUGCUUUCAGAACACAGUGCUGGUAUGGGUCCCCUGUCUCUACCUCUGGCUCUGUGCCCCAAUCUAUUUCCUGUACCUCAAAAGCCAUGACCGGGGGUACAUAUGCAUGACCCACCUCAACAGAGCCAAAACCGCAGUAGGUUUUCUCCUGUGGGUCGUCUGCUGGGCAGAUGUGUUCUACUCUUUCUGGGAAAGAAGCCAACAUGACAGCAGUGCCUCCUCCUCCACCCAGGCACCUGUUUAUCUGGUCAGCCCCACCAUGCUCGGCAUCACUAUGCUUUUGGCCACCCUCCUGACCCAGUAUGAGAGGUUAAAAGGAGUCCAGUCUUCAGGGGUGAUGCUCAACUUCUGGCUGGUGGCCGUCCUCUGUGCUACCAUCACAUUCAGAUCCAAGAUCAUACAAGCCAUCAACGAGCCAUGGACGGUGUGUGUGUUCAGAUACACAACUUUCUACAGCUACUACACUCUACUGCUAAUCUCUCUGUUCCUGUCAGCCCUCUCAGACCAGCCUCCUCUCUUCUCAGAGGCGUCCAGAGACACCAAUCCCUGUCCUGAGAUCGGAGCUUCCUUUCUGUCCAGAAUCAGCUUCUGGUGGAUCACUGGUAUGAUAGUAACAGGUUAUAAGCGUCCGUUAGAACAGAAGGAUCUGUGGUGUCUGAACUCAGAGGACCGCUCCCAGAGGGUCGUCCCUCAGCUCGUACGACGCUGGAACAACGAGUGCCUAAAGGUCAAAAGACCGGAGGAGAAGACUCUGUACUCCCCUAAGAAGGCUCCUCGGGGAGAGAGGAAGGAGGGUGUCCCCAUAGAGGAGUCAGAGAUCCUGAUUAUCAAGACCCACCAGAAGACUAGAGAACCCUCUCUGUUCUGGGCCCUCUGUCUCACCUUCGGACCCUACUUCCUCAUCUCUUCACUCUACAAGAUCAUCCAGGACAUUCUCAUGUUUGUGGGGCCUGAGAUACUCAGGUUGCUGAUCCGGUUUGUGAACGACUCUAGCGCCCCCUCUUGGCAGGGCUACUUCUACACCGCGCUGUUGUUCGUCUGUACCUGCUUCCAGACCCUCAUCCUGCAGAAGUACUUCCAUGUCUGCUUCGUCACGGGAAUGAGGCUACGCACUGCUAUAGUAGGAGCUGUCUACAGGAAGGCUCUGGUGAUCAGUAACGCAGCGCGGCGUACGUCUACAGUGGGAGAGAUCGUCAACCUGAUGUCGGUCGACGCCCAGCGCUUCAUGGACCUCAUCACCUACAUCAACAUGAUCUGGUCUGCUCCUCUACAGGUCAUACUGGCCCUGUACUUCCUGUGGCAGAACCUGGGUCCGUCGGUGCUGGCUGGCGUGGCUGUAAUGGUUCUGAUGGUGCCAAUCAACGGUGUGAUCGCCAUGAAGACCAAAACAUACCAGGUAGCUCAGAUGAAGAGUAAAGACAACCGCAUCAAGCUGAUGAAUGAGGUUCUCAACGGCAUCAAGGUGUUGAAGCUGUAUGCGUGGGAGCUGGCCUUCAAAGACAAGGUGUCAGCCAUCAGAGAGAGCGAGCUACGUGUCCUCAAGAAGGCUGCUUACCUGGGGGCAAUAUCCACCUUUACCUGGGUCUGUGCUCCCUUUCUGGUGGCACUGUCUACAUUCACAGUGUAUGUGAUGAUAGAUGAGAGGAACGUGCUGGAUGCUCAGAAGGCGUUUGUGUCUCUGGCUCUGUUCAACAUCCUGCGUUUCCCCCUCAACAUGCUGCCUAUGGUCAUCAGCAGCAUGGUCCAGGCUAGUGUUUCUAUGAAGCGUCUGUGUGUGUUUCUGUCUCAUGAGGAACUGCAGGAGGACAAUGUGGAGCGCAGGGCCGUAGCGGGCUGCUCAGACAGUAUCUCCAUUGAGGACGGGGUGUUCAGCUGGUCUAGAAACGACGCCCCCAUUCUGAAGAGGUUGAGUGUACGUAUCCCAGAUGGGUCUCUGGUAGCUGUGGUGGGACACGUUGGCUCAGGGAAAUCCUCUCUGCUCUCUGCUCUGCUGGGGGAGAUGGAGAAACUGGAGGGAUCUGUCUCUGUCAAGGGUUCUGUGGCCUAUGUACCACAGCAGGCGUGGAUCCAGAAUGCCACACUGAAAGACAACAUAGUGUUUGGUCAGGAGAGGAAGGAGAGCUGGUACCACAGAGUGGUGGAGGCCUGCGCCCUGCUGCCAGACCUGGAGAUCCUGCCUGCUGGAGAUGGCACUGAGAUCGGGGAGAAGGGUGUGAACCUGUCAGGGGGUCAGAAGCAGAGGGUCAGUCUGGCCAGGGCGGUCUACUGCGACUGUGCUGUCUAUCUAUUGGACGAUCCUCUGUCGGCGGUCGACGCCCACGUGGGCAAGCACAUCUUCGAGAAGGUUGUCGGGCCCCAGGGCGUCCUGAAGGACAGGACUCGUGUCCUGGUGACCCACGGUCUGAGCUUCCUGCCCCAGGCAGAUCUGAUCCUGGUGAUGGUGGAGGGAGAGAUCACUGAGAUGGGCUCCUACCUGGAGCUGAUGGCACGUGACGGGGCCUUCGCUGAGUUUCUCAGGACGUAUGCAAACAAAGAGCAGGAAGAUGACGAAUCAGAAGAGGGGAGGGAGGAGGAAGAGGAUACUGAAGACUCUGCACCAAAGAAAGGACUGGAGAAUGGACUUCCUGCUGCUGUUAUUGGUCAGAACCAUACCAGUACAUCAGCAUUGAGGACAGAAGGAGAGGUCCUGGGGAAGAAGGCCAAGAACGCUGAGGUGGGGAGAAUCACUGAGGCUGACAAGGCCAACACCGGACGGGUGAAGUUGUCAGUAUUCUGGGAGUAUAUGAAGGCUAUAGGUGUAGUGUUGUCCUGUAUCAGUAUCUUCCUGUUCUUCAGUCACCACUUCGCCUCUCUCUUCUCUAACUACUGGCUCAGUCUGUGGACUGACGACCCAGUCAUCAACGGAACCCAGCCCAACAGAGAGAUGAGACUGGGGGUGUACGGAGCUCUGGGGGUCUCACAGGGCAUAGCUGUGUUCUGCUACUCCAUCUCUGUCUCUAUGGGUGGUAUAUUGGCUUCACGCUACCUCCACCAGUCCAUGCUGUACAACGUACUGCGCUCCCCCAUGUCCUUCUUCGAGCGCACCCCCAGCGGUAACCUGGUGAACCGCUUCGCUAAGGAGACAGACACCAUCGACUCUGUCAUCCCAAGUAUCAUUAAGAUGUUCAUGGGCUCCAUGUUCAACGUAGUAGGAUCCUGUGUGGUUAUACUGAUCGCUACUCCGCUGGUGGCUAUUAUCAUACCUCCCCUGGGAAUACUCUACUUCUUUGUCCAGCGUUUCUACGUGGCGUCGUCUCGUCAGUUGAAGCGUCUGGAGUCAGUCAGUCGUUCCCCGGUCUACACACACUUCAACGAGACGUUGCUAGGGACCAGCGUCAUCAGAGCCUUUGGGGAGCAGGAACGCUUCAUCAGGGAGAGCGAUGGUCGAGUUGACCACAACCAGAAAGCAUACUACCCCAGCAUCGUAGCCAACCGGUGGCUGGCGGUGCGUCUGGAGUUUGUAGGGAACUGUAUCGUAAUGUUUGCUGCUCUGUUUGCUGUGAUGGCUAGAGAGAGCCUCAGCCCUGGGAUCAUGGGCCUGUCCAUCUCAUAUGCACUACAGCUGACAGCCUCUCUGACCUGGCUAGUGAGGAUGUCUUCAGAUCUGGAAACCAACAUCGUGGCCGUGGAGAGAGUCAAGGAGUACGAAGACACAGAGAAAGAGGCGGACUGGAGACAUGACCCAUCAUCUCUGCCUCCAGGCUGGCCCACAGCAGGCAACAUAGACAUCAGAGGGUUUGGUCUGAGAUACAGAGAGGACCAGGAACUGGCCGUACGCAACAUCACCGUAGCCAUCCACGGAGGAGAGAAGGUGGGUAUAGUAGGUCGUACAGGAGCAGGGAAGUCGUCUCUGACUCUAGGAUUGUUCCGCAUCAUCGAGGCGUGUGAGGGAGAGAUUCAUAUAGACGGAGUUAACAUCGCUACGCUGGGCCUACAUGAGCUACGCUCCAGGAUCACCAUCAUACCUCAGGACCCAGUGUUGUUCUCCGGCUCUCUGAGGAUGAAUCUGGACCCCUUCGAUGGCUACUCUGAUGAGGAGGUGUGGAGAGCCCUGGAGCUCUCCCAUCUCAAGAGCUUUGUGUCGGGCCUGCCGGACAAACUCAACCACGAGUGUUCUGAGGGAGGAGAGAACCUCAGUCUGGGUCAGCGCCAGCUGGUGUGUCUGGCCCGAGCCCUCCUGAGGAAGACUAAGAUCCUGGUUCUGGAUGAGGCCACAGCUGCUGUGGACCUGGAGACAGACAACCUGAUCCAGUCCACCAUCAGAACUCAGUUUGAUGACUGCACUGUCCUGACCAUCGCACACAGACUCAAUACUAUCAUGGACUACACCAGAGUGCUGGUUCUGGAUAAAGGGGAGAUGGCAGAGUUUGACUCUCCCUCCACUCUCAUCACCAAGAGAGGAAUCUUCUACAAGAUGGCUAAAGACUCUGGACUGGUCUGAGGGGCGGAUGGGAGUGGACAGGAAUUUAAAGACUACAUCCCUCCUUACAGAGCACUCCUCCUCCGAUCCCCUCGUGAGAGAGUUCAAGGAUUUCAAUGUUUCUGACUGUUAAGUGUGUGCAAAUUAUGGGAGCACUCUACCUCCACUUCUUCCCUACUCCCUCCACCCCUCCCUCUACUACAGAAUGUGUAAAGGAUUCACUCCACCUCUCUACCUCCUCUCCAUUCCCCCACCCAUCCUUCCACCCCUCCCUCUACUUCUCCCUCCACCCCUCCCUCUACUACAGAAUGUGUAAAGGAUUCACUCCACCUCUCUACCUCCUCUCCAUUCCCCCACCCAUCCUUCCACCCCUCCCUCUUCUUCUCCCUCCACCCCUCCCCCUACUACAGGAUGUGUAAAGGAUUCACUCCACCUCUCUACCUCCUCUCCAUCCCCCCACCCAUCCUUCCACCCCUCCCUCCCCCUACUACAGGAUGUGUAAAGGAUUCACUCCACUGAACCUGAUGCUGCUGCUUCUAAAGGACAAAUCCCUUCCAACAACUGUUACUGUUUCUCCUCCCUCCAUUCCUCCCCCAUCCCUCCCUCAACUAAAGACUUCUCCAAGACAAAUCCCUUCCAACAACUGUUACUGUUUCUCCUCCCUCCAUUCCUCCCCCCAUCCCUCCCUCAACUAAAGACUUCUCCAAGACAAAUCCCUUCCAACAACUGUUACUGUUUCUUCAACUCUCCUUAAACGGGCGUCUGGAUGUUUUCAAGAUUCCCUUCAUCUUGCAGAAUUUGUCCGCUCCGGUUUGCCGUUGUGGGAAGUCAGAUGUUCGGUCAGAAGGCCAUCUGAUCUGCUCUGUCAAACAGACUCAGAAUACCACCUACAUAAAACAAAACAAAAACAUCUAAAUGGGCGUUUUCUGCUUUUGAAGAUGUACUCUGUUAAGAGACUAUAAAAGCGUCCAUCUUGUUUCGUGUCUCUGCCCCAGUUUGCCUUUAUUGCCAUCAGAGGGUUGGAAAGACGUUCCCUCCGAAGGAACCAGAAUAUUCUGAAAGUUCAAUCCAAUGGAACUGGAAUGUUCUGAAUUGUUCCCUCCAACGGAACUGGAAUGUUCUCAUCUGUUCUUUCCAACGGAACCGGCAUGCUCUGAUCUGUUCCCUUCAACAGAAACGGGUGGACUAUGUUGAAUAUUUAUUUGACAGACAGUGCAAUGUUAUCCCCACAGGAAGUGAGUGAAUGGAUAUCUGUCCAAUCACAGACGCCGGCUGGAGUAACCUGUCCAAUCCGAGUCAGAUCCCGCCCCCCUUUACGUUGAGUAGUGGUAAAAGAGAGCGAGGUCACGCCCCCUUGACCUCUGCCUGGGUGGCCUUUGACCCUUGAUCUCUCAGACGCUGCUUUCCAUAGUGCCAUACCUCAAACGCCAUCCUACACCCCAUGUAGUGCCCUUCUCUUGACCCCCCAGCCCUGUGUGGCAGCCUGCUCAAAAGUAGUGCACUAGAUAGGGAAUAGGGUGUUGUCAUUUGAGAGGCGGCCAUAGAUGAAGACUUGUCCUUAGUGCUGGGUUUGUUACUAGGCCACCUGAGAGCCUUGGAGCCAAAUGCACGGUCCCAAACCAAGCCCUAGCCCUUACACAUAGACACUUCUCAUAGAAACUAGCCUGUUUAGACCCCUGAGAGAGUGCUAGGGGAAGCUUCUAUGGUACGUCCCAAAUGGCACCCUAUUCCCUAUAUAGUGCACUACUUUUGACCAGGGCCCUGAUCAAAAGUAGUGCACUAUUAUUAGUGCAUUUCUACUGAGGAUUUACCCCGGUGCUUGACCUAAAAGCCUCCGACUUUUGUUUCCUCCUCCACAGGGAAUAGGGUGCCAUUUGAGACUAAACUUAUAUUGCUUAAACCCAUCCAAACCUUGUAAGGUCUAGGGGAGAAGUGUCUAGGGGUAGGAGCUAGGGGCUGGUUUGGGACUGAGCCAAAGUAUAUUUAUUUUAGUGUACUUAUGACUUUCUCUCAGGUGUGUGGUGCUCUUAGAGAUGACUAGGUAAGGCAAGGGCCCGUUCCAAUAUCUACUGAACACACCCUUUUCUCCUUUAUAACCUUCCUUCCUUUCCUCCACGUACAAAUCAGUUGGGGCAAAACUCUACUGACAUCUUAUUCCCUAUAUAGUGUGCUCUGGUUAAUAGUAGUACACUAUAUAUAGGGGAAUGAAUAGGGUGUCAUUUGAGAUGCUGUAUAGUGAGUGAUAACGUCAGGGUAGGAAUCAAUGAGGGAAGGAAGGAGACGUAUUUAAAGUGUUGGAACUGGGCCCAAGCCUUCUAGCCCUCUGCAGAGCCACAGUCAUGUUGUCUGUAACCUAAAACUAGCCUGACUAACCUAGGGAGAGAUGUGUUGUCUGUAACCUAUAACUAGCCUGACUAGCCUAGGGAGAGACAUGUUGUCUGUAACCUAUAACUAGCCUGACUAGCCUAGGGAGAGACGUGUUGUCUGUAACCUUUAACUAGCCUGACUAGCCUUUGGAGAGACAUGUUGUCUGUAACCUAUAACUAGCCUGACUAGCCUAGGGAGAGACAUGUUGUCUGUAACCUAUAACUAGCCUGACUAGCCUAGGGAGAGACGUGUUGUCUGUAACCUUUAACUAGCCUGACUAGCCUUUGGAGAGACGUGUUGUCUGUAACCUAUAACUAGCCUGACUAGCCUUUGGAGAGACAUGUUGUCUGUAACCUAUAACUAGCCUGACUAGCCUAGGGAGAGACGUGUUGUCUGUAACCUAUAACUAGCCUGACUAGCCUAGGGAGAGACCUGGCUGGCUUUAAACCUGUUUAUUUAAAUGAAUGUAAAACAUUACUUCAUAGUUGCCACAUUAUUAUAUCAUUCUGGUUGCAUCCCAAAUGGCACCCUAUUCCCUACAUAGUGCACUACUUUUGGCCAGGGCCCAUAGGACUCUGGUCAAAUGUAGUGCACUAUAGGGAAUAGGGUACCAUUUGGGCCAAACAUAGGAUCAUUUGACUGUAGCCUGCUACGUUCAGCAGAGACCACUUUCUCCUUAUUGGCAUUUUAUCUGUUGGUUAGUAGGUGUUAUUAUAUGAUUUAACCUCUGGAGCCCAAAAGGUGUUAGUCAGACUGAUCAGCAAGUCUCAAUACGGUGUUGGGUUAGUCAGGCUGAUCAGCAAGUCUCAAUACGGUGUUGGGUUAGUCAGACUGAUCAGCAAGUCUCAAUAAGGUGUUGGGUUAGUCAGACUGAUCAGCAAGUCUCAAUACGGUGUUGGGUUAGUCAGGCUGAUCAGCAAGUCUCAAUACGGUGUUGGGUUAGUCAGACUGAUCAGCAAGUCUCAAUACGGUGUUGGGUUAGUCAGGCUGAUCAGCAAGUCUCAAUACGGUGUUGGGUUAGUCAGACUGAUCAGCAAGUCUCAAUACGGUGUUGGGUUAGUCAGGCUGAUCAGCAAGUCUCAAUAAGGUGUUGGGUUAGUCAGACUGAUCAGCAAGUCUCAAUACGGUGUUGGGUUAGUCAGACUGAUCAGCAAGUCUCAAUAAGGGGUUGGGUUAGUCAGACUGAUCAGCAAGUCUCAAUAAGGGGUUGGGUUAGUCAAACUAAUCAGCAAGUCUCAAUUAGGGGUUGGGUUAGUCAGACUGAUCAGCAAGUCUCAAUAAGGGGUUGGGUUAGUCAAACUGAUCAGCAAGUCUCAAUUAGGGGUUGGGUUAGUCAGACUGAUCAGCAAGUCUCAAUAAGGGGUUGGGUUAGUCAAACUGAUCAGCAAGUCUCAAUUAGGGGUUGGGUUAGUCAGACUGAUCAGCAAGUCUCAAUACGGGGUUGGGUUAGUCAGACUGAUCAGAAAGUCUCAAUACGGUGUUGGGUUAGUCAGACUGAUCAGCAAGUCUCAAUAAGGGGCUGGGUUAGUCAGACUGAACAGCAAGUCUCAAUAAGGGGUUGGGUUAGUCAGACUGAUCAGCAAGUCUCAAUAAGGGGUUGGGUUAGUCAGACUGAUCAGCAAGUCUCAAUAAGGGGUUGGGUUAGUCAGACUGAUCAGCAAGUCUCAAUAAGGGGUUGGGUUAGUCAGACUGAUCAGCAAGUCUCAAGCCUCAAACACCUUAGUAAUAUAUUCUGUCUAUGGGACUCAUGUAACAGAUUUCCACUAGGGUAGCGUCCCAAAUAGGCACCCUAUUCCCUAUAUAGUGCACUACUUUUGACCAGGGUCCAUAUGGAGGGAAUAGCGUACCAUUUGGGAUGCAGCUCAUCACUUGGAUAUCCAGUGACUACAGCAGGUGUGUGUGUUCUCUGAAAACCAAGCCAGUAGCAGCCUACUAGGCCUAGGCUUUGAUGUCGCUUACCUUGUGGCGUUACUUUUUAUUUUAUUUUAGCCUUGGUAGGGCUUAUUUUAUGUAAAUCAAAGAGACGUGCUUUUGUUGGUCUGUUGAGUAUAAGGUGGUGUCCCAAAUAGCAUCCUGUACCCUAGCUAGUGCACUACUAUGUGCCCUAUUCUCUGUGUAGUGCACUACAAAUGGAAUAAAGGUGCCAUUUGGGACAGAACCAAUCGCAGAACAUCUGCUGUUAAACCAUUGACAGAGUAGAUAACUGUGCUGUUACAUAUUUAUAUCAUUUGUAAGUAUGACACGGUGCAUAACUGUGCUGUUACAUAUUUAUAUCAUUUGUAUGUAUGACACGGUGCAUAACUGUGCUGUUACAUAUUUAUAUCAUUUGUAAGUAUGACAUGAUGCAUAACUGUGCUGUUACAUAUUUAUAUCAUUUGUAAGUAUGACAUGGUGCAUAACUGUGCUCUUACAUAUUUAUAUCAUUUGUAAGUAUGACAUGGUGCAUAACUGUGCUCUUACAUAUUUAUAUCAUUUGUAAGUAUGCAUGUUAUAAUUAUUUGAUAUUUGUAUACAUGCACUAGUUUUUAAGUGUGCGUUACUUUUUCGUAACAUGAAUCAAACUGAUGUGUAAAAGAGAGAAAAAAUAAAGUACUUUUUUUUU